AUGCCCUCUUCAUCCCACGCCAGGGCUACAGCAGCCACAAUCCCCUUCUCCCCUCCCCCGGGGAUACGUACCAUUGUCGAUCCGCUUCCGAUAAUACGCCACUUCAUAUCCGAAGGCAACCCCCCGUACAACGUCUUGCACGUCGCCAAACUCACGACAGUCCACAAGAGCAAGAUGCGCGCCGUUCUCGACAGCGUAACGCAGGGCCACGGCAUCCCGUGGGACAUAGCGGGCGUCUGGACGGACGAGGAGGACAACCUGCUCCGGGUCAUCGGGAAGUGGGUCGACCGGAUGCGCAUGGUGGUGCCCAGGAAGGAGGACAGGGCUUGUUUUGGGAAUGAUGACGGCCGCAGGGCGGUGUUUUGGCGGCUGGCGGGAAAGCAUGGCGGGUUUGCCGUGCUGGAGAGGUGGGCGUACUUGACGGCUCGCGAUCAGCCUUGA